UACAAGUUUGAUGUGCCGGGUGUUAUAGUAGUAAGUUAUGGACAAGGAAGAGGAUCAAAAGCUGGAUUGUCCAAAUCGUUCUUAGGUCUGAUCCGUGGGUUCUUCAUUGGGCGCGAAGAUUCCAACUUACUUAAUCAAAUCUUUGACUACAUAGUCUCCAACUUUUGUUUCAAGGAUCUUAGUAUGGUACCUCCAGCAUGUCCGGUCCUCGUCUUUCACUUACAAAUUAGAGAGUUUGGUCAAGAUCAUCAUGUCCUUGAGAUUGACAUGACAGAAUUAGCACACACUCUUUUAAGCACAUUGGGAACCAGACAUUCUAUCAUGGCCGAUGAAGAUGCAAUAAACAGAUGUGUACCACUUGCUCCACCAGUGACGGAGAUCCUGGAUUGUUACCGAAGUUUGGAAUCUUGUAGUCUUUGUGAGAAAGAGUAUCCAAAAGAAGGGGAGAUUGUUCGUAAAACAAGAUGCAAUCACAUCUUUCACGGGACUUGUAUCUCUCGUUACUUGCUGCGCAUUCCUCAUUGUCCUUUUUGCACCACUCACUUGCCACCUGUCGACAUCCGAACUCUCCUAUUCUCCUAAGAUUUUGGUGGUUUUUUAUAUUUGUUGCAGUUUUAAUUGUAUGGUAUUUAGGUCAUUAGUAUCUAAGUCCAUAUGUUGAAAACAUCAAACAUUGGCUUCCAUUAACAUAUCUUGUAUCUUAUGCAUUACUUCCUGAGUCAGAUUCUCUGAUCCAGAUACAUUGUCAAUGGUUGAUCAUUGUUUUUUGCUUGUUUGUUUCAUUGGCUUUUACAACUUGCACCUUGAAGACAACUUGCACCUUGAGUUUCUCAAAAACAAAAAAAAACUUGCACCUUGAAGAAAGCUUGCACUAAUGUGGAAUAGUGUACGAUGAGGAAAUUCAACUAAAUUAUAGUGUACGAUGGUUUUACUGGCUUUCACAACUUACGCCUUGAAAAAGCUACACUAAGUAGGGCUGUGUACAAUGGGCUUAUUCUGAAAAUAUUUACUUUUAACAACAGUUAUAGUGUUGGUCUCUUGUAUUUCACGAAUGGGGAAAGUCGAGAAACUGAAUCGUAAGGCACACAUUACUGCUCCUUAUCCAUCACCACCGUUUUGUUUUUAAAUCUAUGUGUCGUUUGAUUAAUGCCUUUUCAAACAAAAAAGUUGUAACGCAGUCUUAGAGCAACCGCAUUCAAUGGCUCUAUCAGGUUUUGGUAUUAUUAAAUUAUGCGUUGCCACAAAAUAAGAAUUUAUAUAGGAAAUAAAUUGGUAUACUCUGGUUUUGGAGUUGUGAAAGGGAAUAACAAAGGGUGGAUAUAAUUUGUUUUUGUUUCAAACUAAUCACUAGUUAACAGCCAAGGAGUCACAGGUAUUGAAAAUUUGGACAUAGUCAAAAACUAUUGAAUCUGUUUGUUGUUGUAACUUCACAAUUCUUAUAUUCAUGUCUUCUCUGACAUGGCAUGUGUGGUUUCUUUAGUUAGGACAGGAAGUUGGUGAUAUCACACAAGGUAAACUCAACGGUUAACACAUGACGCUCGUAUACUCUUUGAUUACGUUGAAUAUCCAUUCUUUUAUACUUCUUUCAAGUAUUAAUAUCUAUUCUUCUGUUGAAAAAAAAAUACCAUGCGGCAUGCUAAAAAUCGCAUCGGUUCUUAUCUCUACCGGUUAACCACUCAUGGUCAACGAAUCUUAUUUCGCUUACGCGUUGGGACCCGAGCCAUGUGUCACUAGCAUAUCCGACGUUUGGAUCGAAUACACCAGUCGUGGUCGACGGAGACUACCACUAUACGAACAUGUUCGAUGUGGUUGUGGACAGUUUCUACUCGGCGUUGGAGAAACUUAACUACGGUGGAGCGAAUGUUUACGUCGCUGAGACUGGUUGGCCCACGAGAGGGAAUCCACCUUACACGAGCGUGGAGAACGCACGUACGUAUAAUCAAGGGUUGCUAAAGAAAUUCACCAUGGGUAGUACUAGGGCUACGCUUAGGAGGCCCAAUGUUCCUGUGGUAACGUUUUUCUUUGAGAUGUUUGAUGAGGUUGAACAGGGUUUCGGCUUAAGUGCUGUUCGUUUCAUAAACGCUCUAUCCAGCGGCAGCGGCUAUAAAAUGUACUGUGAUAGAGACCAAAUUAACAGUGUCAAAAGCCAGAACAACCGCUAAUAGACUGCCGGAGACACAAAUAAUGAAAUGCAAGACACAAAUAGUGAGACGCUGAUGCCGCUGAUAUUUUCCGCGUCCGUUUUAUUCCCCGUUAGUUGCUGCUGCGACUGGGAAAUCAGUUAACGGUUCUUCAUCUGUGCUGUGUGUUGUUGUCAUUAAAGCUUUAAUUUUGUGACGCUACCGCUGCGUCCGGCGAUGAUGAAACGAACAGGACUUUAUUCACUCCAAAUAUGAUUCCUGUUUAUGAUAUGUGGAACAUAAGUGUCUCUAGUUGGGUAUUAUGAGCAUCUAGCUAAAACAAAAAUAUACCAUUUGUUUUCUUAAUCAAUGUAUAGUCCGGUCUGAAUUGUUUGGGUUCAUGUUAGAUUCUUGAUCAAGACCUUCAAAACACCCUUCAUGAAAUAUUAUAUAAGUCAUUUUCCAUCUUAUAUGGAAACAGUAGGUUCUAAAAAAUUUGUAUAUGAAAAUUAAUUAUAUAUGAGAGAAAAAAAUAAUUUGAAAAAAAAUAAUAUUGCUCUCAACAGAUGAGAACACUUCCAUUAGUAAAUAACAAAAUAGUACCUAUGGAUAUCUAUCUCAUAAGUUAAAAAAAAAAAAACCCUCAGAGCCCUCUCUUAUCAUAUGUUUGUAUAUGAAUGGUUUAAUUUUGUUUAAAAACUAAAUUCCAAUCAAACAUUGUCAAAAAAAAAAUUAAAUUCUUUA